UUUCUUUCUCUACAUACAAUCAUCCAACCAAAAAAAACACAAUAACAAAAAAUGUCGAGAUUAACGAUCUGUUUAACGUUAGCAACCUUAGCAGUGUUUUUCUUAACUUACGCCGUCGCUGACGUCACUGUAUUAACAGAAGAUAAUUUUGAGAAAGAAGUCGGUCAAGAUCGCGGCGCUCUCGUUGAGUUCUACGCUCCUUGGUGUGGACACUGUAAGAAGCUAGCUCCUGAAUAUGAAAAACUUGGCGCAAGCUUUAAAAAGUCCAAAUCUGUUGUGAUCGCAAAGGUUGACUGUGAUGACCAUAAGAGUGUUUGUAGCAAAUACGGGGUUUCUGGUUACCCCACCAUCCAAUGGUUUCCCAAGGGAUCUUUGGAACCUAAAAAGUAUGAAGGCGCUCGCACUGCUGAAGCACUUAUCGAGUUUGUAAAUCAAGAAGGAGGUACCAAUGUAAAGAUAGCUUCAGUUCCCUCAAGUGUUGUGGUGCUAAAUUCUGACAACUUCGAGGAAAUUGUAUUGAAUAGCAAAAAGGAUGUAUUGGUCGAGUUUUAUGCACCAUGGUGUGGUCAUUGCAAGAGCCUUGCUCCUACUUAUGAAACUCUUGCAUCAGCAUUCAAAAAUGAGGAAGAUGUAGUUAUUGCCAAUCUUGAUGCUGACAAUUACAAGAAUUUUGCCGAAAAGUAUGGUGUCAGUGGUUAUCCAACUAUUAAGUUCUUCCCCAAGAACAACAAAGAUGGAGAAGACUACGAUGGAGGACGUGAUCUAGAUAGUUUUGUGACCUUCAUUAACGAAAAGUGUGGUACUAGCCGAGAUGGAAAAGGGCAGCUUACCUCCAAUGCUGGUCUAAUUGCAGAGUUGGAGGGCUUAGUGAAAGAGUUUGUUACUGCUGGUAGUGAUGAAAAGAAAGCAGUAUAUGCUAAGAUUGAGGAGGAAGUUGGAAAGCUCACGGGUUCUGCUGCAAGAUACGGCAAGAUAUAUGUGAAAAUUGCCAAGAGUAGUCUGAGCAAAGGCAAUGAUUAUGCGAAGAAUGAGAUUCAACGUCUAGAGCGUAUUCUUGCCAAGUCUAUAAGUCCUUUGAAGGCCGAUGAGUUCACCCUCAAGAAAAACAUCUUGUCUGCUUUUGCCUGAUAACUGAUAGAAACCAGGGGUAACUACGUGUUUACAGUGAUGUUUGAUUUCCUCUUGUUGUAGUCUUCCAAGCUCCGACACAGCUUGGAUAUGCACCAUCUUUGCAUGCUGAGUUUACUUUCUUUUUCACAUGUGAAACAUGCUAACUUUGGGGAGGGAAUGUCUAUUCUGUAGUAGCGCCAGUAACAUUAGAUUUAAACUUUCAUAGUUACAUCUAUUACUUUUGGAUCUUACAGAAAACAUACUUUUGUUGCUA